AUGAUUCAACCAAAUGGUACAUCAGAAACUUACACCGCUGGAACAGCCAAGUGUCUUCCAACUGUCACUCCUGGUGAAACCUUUUGGCAAACCCAGAAGGAUGAGCUUCACGAUCAUCGAUCCACGGAGCAGCUGCCUGAGCACAGUGAUAUUUUAAUCAUUGGUGCUGGCUAUGCUGGAGUAGGCACUGCUUAUCAUCUUGUCAAGGAUCACGGUGAUGCGAAGAAGUCAAUCACGAUCUUGGAGGCUCGGGGUGCUUGUUCUGGUGCCACUGGCCGAAAUGGUGGUCACUGUCGACCCGACUUUUAUGGUCACAUUCCCACAUACAUCGAUCGGGCGGGGACACAAGCUGCUGCUGAAAUUGCUGAGUUUGAGAUUGCCAAUCUGAAAGCGAUCAAGAAGAUCGUUGAGCAAGAAAAGAUUGAUUGUGAUUUUACCCUGGCUCGCUCAUAUGAUGUCUGGUGUAAUGAAGAGGCUGCGACGAAAGCGAAGGCAGUCUAUGAUAGAAUGACGGCUGGCGAUUUCCCUCACAUGGACGAUGUCGUGUUCUAUACUGGGGAGAGAGCGGAAGGGAUGUGUGGUGUCAAGGGUGCAAAGGCAUGUGCAAACUUCACAACUGGUACAAUGUGGCCAUACAAAUUCAUCAUGCACCUCGUACGCUUGAUUCUCGCAGCUGGUGUCAAUCUGCAGACACAUACACCUGUCACAUCAGUAGAGGCAGAUCCUAAGGGCGGGUACAUUGUGACAACCCCCCGAGGCAAGACACACGCAGGAAAGGUUGUAUAUGCCAAUAACGCAUAUGUCUCUGGCGUUCUUCCACAAUACCGAAAGAACAUUAUCCCAUGCAAGGGAAUCUGCUGUCGAAUCACUGUUCCGGAAGGAACAACUGCGCCCUUGCUCAACGACUCAUAUAUCAACCGAACUGAAGAUAACGUACUCUCAUAUCUGAUCCCUCGAUCAGACGGUAGUAUUGUUGUUGGAGGUGCCGCUGCUGUGUUCCGAUCUUCCGAAGACCAGUGGUACGAUAACGUGGACGAUAGCAUUUUGAUCGAAGUUGCAAAGGACUACUACACAGAGUACAUGCAGAAGACCUAUAACGGGUGGGAGCAAACUGGCGCUAAAGUUGACAAAAUCUGGUCAGGCGUUAUGGGAUAUUCAUAUGACUCGAAUCCUCACAUUGGUACUGUACCUGGUGAGCAAGAUCAAUUUAUCGUGGCGGGUUUCAAUGGCCACGGCAUGCCAGUCAUCUGGCUCGCCUCUAAAGAACUGGCCAAGAUGAUCAUUGAUGAUGUCAGGUUUGAAGAGACCGAGAUGCCUAGCCUGUUCCAGACUACUCAGUUUCGUAUUGACCGGGCGUUGAAUGGGAAGGUGGAGGAUGGUGAUAUUCUUGGUUCUGGGAAGUUUGCCGCUACUCGGCCGUAA